AUGCAGAUCCCGAUGAUUUCGAGUCCGAUGAAACAGACGAACGAAAUCGACUGGGUGCAACCGCUCAAGCAUCACAUUCGAACGGCUUAUGGGGACGAUCCGAACAGCUACGACAAUGAGUGCAAUACUCUCAAUCGGCUCAGGCAGGACAUGCGAGGGGCGGGCAAGGACAGCGCGGCAGGGCGAGAUCUGCUGUACAGAUACUACGGCCAGCUGGAGUUGUUGGACCUACGGUUUCCGGUGGACGAGAACCACAUCAAGAUCAGCUUCACAUGGUUCGACGCCUUCACGCACAAGCCGACGAGCCAGUACUCGUUGGCUUAUGAGAAAGCGAGCAUCAUCUUCAACAUCUCGGCGGUGUUGUCAUGUCACGCUGCGAGUCAAAAUCGUCAUGAGGACGCCGGAUUGAAAACGGCGUACCACUCGUUCCAAGCGUCGGCUGGCAUGUUCACCUACAUCAACGAGAACUUCCUGCACGCCCCUAGUACGGACCUGAGCAGGGAGACCGUCAAGACGUUGAUCACCGUGAUGCUCGCGCAGGCGCAGGAGGUGUUCAUUGAGAAGCAGAUCGUGGACAGGAAGAAGCCGGGUCUGCUUGCGAAGCUGGCCGCGCAGGCUGCCUACUUGUACGCGCAAGCUGUUGAGGGUGUGCAGGAAAACGUUGCAAAGGCGGUGUUUGAGCGGGUAUGGUUGCUGGUGGUGCAGAUCAAGCAGCACCAUAUGGCGAGUUUGGCGCAGUAUCACCAGGCGAUAGCGGACUAUGAAGCGAACAGCUACGGCCAAGCAAUAUCUCGGUUGCAAGCAGCGCAGAACGCAAACAAGGAGGCGAACAGAUUGGCUAAUGCGUUUCCCGGAAGCGUACCUUCGAACAGCAACUUGGGCAACGAGACUGGCACUAUUCUGGUAGACAUGACGAAAAAGCACAUGUCCGCAAUACAAGAGCUCAUCACGGAGUACAAUCGCGACAACGACAUGAUCUAUCAUCAAACGGUACCCUCUGAGAGUAAUCUCACUAGCAUACCGAAGCUUCCGGCAGCCAAAGCAAUACCUGUGUCUGAGCUCUAUCAAGGCCAAGACAUUCAGCGGAUUAUUGGCCCGGACAUCUUCCAACGCAUCGUGCCCAUGUCUGUCACCGAGAGUGCGAGUUUGUACGAUGAGGAGAAGGCCAAGCUUAUACGAGCGGAGGCGGAGAGAGUGGAGACAGCGGACGAUGAGCUAAGCACAUCGCUGGACUACCUGAAGCUACCGGGCAGUCUCAACAUCUUCAAGGGAGCACUCAACGAGGAUACGAUGGGUGUUGACGAAGACUUCCGGAGCUGGUGCGCCGAGUUGGCUGGUCAUAGUCCCUUUGGAGCGACGUUUGAGCAGCUGCGGGAGGACAAGCAAAGCAUUCUUACAACUCUGGAUGCCAGCACCAAGCAGCUGGAUAUGGAGGAGGCGGUGUGCGAGAAGAUGCGGACCAAGUACGGUGGUGACUGGACGCAGCAGCCUUCGAGUCGGCUGACUUCCACAUUACGAACGGACUCACGGAGAUAUCGAGCAGCGGUGGAAGAAGCCUCGACGAGCGAUGCGCAGCUGUACAGCUCUUUUCGACAGUUCGAGUCUGAUUUCGACGAGAUGCGCUCAGCGGGUGAGACGGAUGAGGCGGAUGUGCUGUAUCAGCGCGCCAUGAUCAAGGCUGGGGCGGGCAAGAAGGGCGUCACGAGCCCUGGCGCCGGAGACGAAGGUAAUCUGCUCGAUGACGACUUUGCGGACGAUUCGCAGCAGAGCGUGGCGCAGCAGAUAGAGAAGGUCGAAGAGCUUAUGCGGAAACUGCAGCUGGUGAAGCGUGAGCGGCAGCAGGUGCUGAAAGAUCUCAAAGACAAGAUACACAAUGACGAUAUCAGCAAUGUAUUGAUACUCAACAAGAAGGCCAUUACCAACCAGGAAGCGCAACUAUUCAAGGCCGAGCUCGAGAAGUUCCGACCUCACCAAAACCGAAUCCUCCAAGCCAACCACAAGCAGUCAUCGCUCAUGAAGGAGCUUACCCGCACGUAUGGCGACCUCCUACAAGACAAGCGCGUGCGGUCAGAGCAGAACAAGUACGAAGCAUUCUCGCGGCAACGAAAUACAGUACUGAGCAAGUAUCGGCGGGUGUAUCAAGCAUACACCGACCUGCAAGCCGGCCUUUCACGAGCACAGCAAUUCUACGAUGAGAUGAAAGACACCGUCGAUAGUUUGAAAAAGAAUGUUGAGUCAUUCGUGGAGAACAGACGAUCGGAAGGCGGGCAACUAUUGAGCGCGAUCGAGGCUGCGAAAGGCAGCGGCGCAGAUCGAGAGCAAGCAAGACUAAAAGAGCUCAUGGAGCGUAUGAGUGUCAGCCCAUCAGCGCAGAGCGCCGGCUCACCCAUACCCGGCAUGAGCGCUGGCGGUGGCCUGGCGGACUCAAGAAGCAGCGCGCAUCGUCCGCCUCCAUUACAAGCACAGUCGGGAUACGGAGUUCAGCAAGCUUACAAUCCUGCAACGAGUCCACCAACGAUCGCAACGCCGCAGUACCACACCAAUGGCGUGCAAUCACCACAUCACUCGUCCUCGUACCAACCCGCACAAUCAAACAACAACCUCCCACUUCGACCGCAGAGCUACGCCACCCAAACGGCCGCAUCAAGAGCGUCAUACGACCCGGGUGCGUACGGCCCGGUGUCACCGCCCGCACACCAGCAGUACUUCUCGCCACCACCAAACCAGCAGUACAGUAGCUUCCAGCAGCAUUCGAGUGGUUCGCAGUAUGGUCAGCAGCAUCAACAGCAGCACCAACAGCAAUAUCCAGGCCAAAGCGUGCCGCCUGGGUGGCAACCCCCUCCGCCUCCGCCUGGACCACCUCCAGGUCAGCAGGAUUACAGUGCGCUACAAGCUACUCAGUACCCGUCUGGUCCCGGGGGUUAUGCGAGUGACCCUAGGCGGAGUGCUCCGCAGCAGGCGGGUAGUGGCGGAGGUGUUGGUGACCCUUGGGCUGGAUUAAAUGCUUGGAAGUGA